AUGCUGGGGAUGAAGACGGCCGAGCGGGAACUGUUUGAUGAUGAUGGGGAUGAGCCGUUUGAGAGGCUCAUUGCCAUGGAGGCCAACGGGCUGUCAAACACGAUGGUCGGCCCGCUGCUCGACCCGAUGCAUUAUAGCAAACUUGACUACUCGGCCGUCGCCCUGCUCCCCGUCGCCGUCGUUCUUUGCCUCGUCGUCGCCGUCGCCGCUCUAUAUCAAUGCCGGAGAUGUCGACAUCAUCGAAGACAGAUCGAGCAGCUAGCAUGGGUGUAUGAUGUGCUAGAAGAUGCUCUUCCCUCCCCACUGCCGGUUCCGAAGGACAGCAACAACACCAGGCCCUCAGCUCAAAGCCCGCACGUCUUCAGGCCGCCCGACUCGCCGCAGCUCUCCCCAGCUCAACGAGUCUCCCAGGCCGUCCGCCCACCCCCAGCCCACUCAUCGCCGUUUUAUCAGCCUACCUUCAAAGGAAAAUCGCUACGCUACGAUACGCUCCAAAAGGCUACGUCUGCUACGGAGGUAAUCUUCCACUUUACCAACUUCCUCGAGCCGAACGGCACGGCGGCCGUUGAGCAGCACGUU